AAAUUACCUAUGUUGUCAUACGUCGAGAGGCUGGAAUCAGGAAGUGGACUUGUAAUGUACUAUUUUGAUUGAGCUCGUCGCUGUUCAACUAUCUAAUUCACAAGUUCAAAAAUGGGGCUUUUUGGAAAAACGCAAGAGAAACCGCCGAAGGACCUCAUCAACGAAUGGUCUCUUAAAAUCAGGAAAGAAAUGAGGGUUAUUGACAGACAGAUUCGAGAUAUUCAAAGAGAAGAGGAAAAGGUGAAGAGAUCGAUCAAAGAUGCCGCAAAGAAGGGACAGAAAGAUGUCUGCAUCAUCCUCGCCAAAGAGAUGAUUCACUCAAAGAAAGCUAUCAACAAGUUGUACGCGUCUAAAGCCCAAAUGAACUCCGUGCUGCUCAGUAUGAAGAAUCAGUUGGCUGUAUUAAGAGUGGCAGGUGCCAUGCAGAAGAGCACAGAGGUCAUGAAGGCCAUGCACAGCCUGGUUAAAAUCCCAGAGAUCCAAGCCACCAUGAGAGAGCUCUCAAAAGAGAUGAUGAAGGCUGGAAUCAUAGAGGAGAUGCUGGAGGACACGCUGGAAGGGAUGGAUGAUGAGGAGGAAAUGGAGGAAGCAGCAGAGGCCGAGGUCGACAAGAUCCUCUUUGACAUUACAGCUGGUGCACUCGGAAAAGCUCCCAGCAAAGUCACGGAUGCCCUGCCGGAUCCAGUGCCGAUUGGAGCCACGGCGGCCUCAGAAGGGGAAGAAGAAGAAGAAGAAGAAGACAUCGAAGAGAUGCAGUCCAGGCUAGCGGCCCUGAGGAGCUGAAGGACCUAUGUUUUGUUUUUUUUUACUCUUCGGCUCUAUAGGCAUAGACAACAUAUCUUACUUCAUCUGUAGCUUUUCUUACCCACUUCGGAACAGUUAAUUUAGCACUAAAUUCGGACUAAAUUCAGAUAAAAUGAACAAAACAAUAUGAAUAGUGGAUAUUGAAAUGCCACGUACAAUAAAGAACGGUGAAUAUUUAGUUGUUACGUGGUAGCAGGUGGAUGGCUUAUUUCAAAUCAUUCGCGUUUUACUUGAGCCCGCUUUAUUUCUAGAUAUUCUGACUCCGCUCAUGUUUAAGCUAUGCCUAUAGUUAAGCAGCUUGUCCUAGAAUCUGUCGUGCAAUUGGUGUCAUAUCGGUGUGGGUCGUAAUCGUUUCGUCUCUGUUGUCGAAUUUGCAGUUUUAUCCCAAGACUCAUUCCGGGCUCGGUGAAUAGCUCUUUCCUACAUCUGGAAAAUUGCUUUUUACCGAGUAGGACAAAUUCGUGGAAGCCAUUACUUGUAAAUCUUGUACAAAUACUGAACAUAAAGAUAUAUCUGUUUGCAUUGUUAUUUUGUAAGUAAAGUUGUCGGAGGGUUAUAAAAAAAAAAGGCUUUCGGAAUAAAGCAGUGGUUGUGUUCGAUAACUGACUGGCUUUUACACUCCAGGUGUUUCAGACUUUCGCCUUUCUGUCUUCGUUUCUGCUACUUUUGGAUUUUUGUUAUGGUGUGAAUGCGCAUUUAUCUUUGUAUGUCAUUAAUAAUGAGUAUUUUUUUGCUUUUAGACGACUGAAAUGUCCCCCCUGAUCACGGAAAUAGCCGACAAUGUUACAGUUUCUUCUGUGUUAUAUUUUAAGUUGAAUAUUUUAAUAUUGGUCAGUUUGCCACAACUCUUUAAUAUGACACGGCCAAUUAAUAUCUGCUUAUUUGGCAUAUUUUUUUUUUUUUUUUUAUUACAGAUUCAGGCUCAUUAUGUUGACUCUCUGAUAAUCUCCUGAAUGAACCAAACUUCAGAUCUUUGCUGUUUCAGAAAAAAACAUUCGCAUCUGCGCAAACCUGUGUUUUGUAUAUUGGAAAAAUAUGUUGAUAACAACACUAAUAAAAUUUUACAGGCAAAAGAA